CUAUUUUUCCUCUUUAGGAGCUAAUAAUAGUUUUGUAGCGGUCUGUCUCUUUGUUUCCAAAUUUUGUAUCAAAUUUUAAAUUUUAAUAUGGAGUAAUGAUAGGGUGGAUGUAAAUUUGGGACAAAAAUUUAGAAUUAAUGAGGUGGCCAACAGAAAACAAGAGGAAAAUAGGGGCAAUAGAAGGCUUGAGGCUUGUCCAUUACAGUCCCUCUACUCAAACUCAACCACUGGCCUUGGCUCAUCCCGGCUCUCUUCUCGGGAAAAAUAACAUCGGGAAUGGAGGUGAUUGGUGAUUAUUGCUGCUGCAGAAGUUUGGCUCCUGUUAGAGCAUGUACCAUGGGAAUGAUAAAAAAUAUCAUUAUAA